AUGUUUAUUCCUAUAACGGCGGCAUCCACGAAGAUGAUAACGCACAUACUGCCAAGUGAUCAACAAGUUAUGGCAGUUGAUCCUACGAUACCAUAUGAAUCUAAUCUCCCUACUCCUCCCCCGGGGGACUCGGAUACGGAAACAAUAAGCAUAGCUUUCCUAAUAUCAUUAUCUGUAACUUUUGCAGUAUUGAUGGUCAUGCUUUUGAUUAUAGCUACGUAUGUAACUUUCUGUGGUGGUGAUGAAUCUGAUUAUGAUGAAGAAAGGGCAAAUGGGGUGAAUGGAAAUAGAAUAAGAAACCUAAAUAGACCAUUUAGAAGAUUGUUUACGGGUAAGCAUUCUAAUAUCCUAUUAGGAUCCGACUUCACUAGUCCCACUGAACUAGAUGAUCCCGGAAAAUUAGCAGCAUUAGAAAAGGAGGCCUUCCAGAAAAUGUCACCAUUUGAAAUAGAAUUAUACAUGCGUGCAAAGGAAUUACAAGAAUUAUGUCCUCCAUUAACAGAUGAAUUUGGCAGUUAUUUAAAACCCAGUGAUACAACUUUUAUUAAAGAUAGGGGUAUACAAGCGUUUUUCUUUCUACCUAGUAUAAAUGAUAACAUUGAUAAAAUUGGUAAUUUCUUGCCAAGUUUUAUAAUACAAGAUAAAUUGGAUAUUUUAUUUACAAAAUAUAAUCAAAGUGCCUCCACAGUACUGAAUUAUCCAUUACCAUAUAAUAAAAAAGAUGCAGUAUAUUUCGAAGCAAAAGUGUACAAACAUAUGGUUGAUUCUAAUAGUAUAUUCAGUAUAGGUCUAAGUACUGUUCCAUAUCCAUAUUUUAGAAUUCCAGGUAUGUCCAAAUUUUCAAUUGCAUAUGAAUCAACUGGUAAACUGAGAAUAAAUAAUCCAUUUGAAGCAUCAACUUUAUUACCAAAAUUAGAGGAAGGUGAUGUUGUAGGGUUUGGUUAUAAAUAUAAAUCUGGGACCAUAUUUAUAACGCAUAAUGGUAAAAAAUUGAUGGAUGUCACUGAGGAUGUUGAUGUAGAUUUAUUUCCUUGUGUGGGUUCCUUCAAUGCAUCAUAUACUAGAACAUACACAACCGAUGGUUUAUUAGAAGAUCCAGAUAACGUAGAACUUCGUAGUUCAUUAUCUGAAAAUGGGCAGGUGGAAUUACCAGAAAAAUUGCAAAGAGUUCACAAUCCACAUAAUGAACGAGAUGCAAUUGAGAGUGACGAAGUUGAGUUACAAGUUAACCUUGGUCAGCUUGGAUUUGUAUUUAUUGAGGCUAAUGUUAAAAAAUAUGCAUUUAAUAGUAUAUAUGGUGAAAUUGGUAUUCCGCCAUCUUAUAAUGGCAAUGAAGCUAAAAAGGAUACUAUCUUACAAAAGGGAGAAGAACUCCCACCUGCAUAUCCAAAGGGUUCCUAUGUUCCUCAAAUUCCUGGUUCAAACAAUAAUUCUUUACCAGGGACGAGUCAUUCUUUGGAGAGUUAUGAAAGAAUAUCGUCAACCUAUGAUAGGGUACAUAACGAUUAUGAUAACGAUAACGAAUAUGGGUAUCAUAACAGGCCCUUGUCGGAUAUUGAUGAAGAAACUGGGCUAUUAUCUUCAAGUUCAGCUAUCAAUCAAGAUAUUCCAAAUAUUGAUUCCAUUGUUGUAGAAGAGAGAAAUGGUCAUGAGAAGAAACCAAAGAAGAAAAAUAAGAAAUCUAAGAAGAAGAAAGGAAGAGGUAGAAAAUAA